UUCCAAAUAACGACAUUCAGUUCUCGUGCUCGCCAGUAGUUCGGACCGAGUCGCCUCUUCACACAUCCGAAUCUCCAAAUUAAACAUGAAGUCGUUCGCAAUUUUCCUGGGCCUCGUCGCCAUCGUCUUCGCCGCACCCCAACGAAGAACAGUAAAUCAACCGGAAGUUGUGCUGGUGAAGGAAACGCCAUCGGACAACAUCGGCCUCGACGGCUACAAGUUCGCAUACGAGCUGAGCGACGGCUCGACGCGAGAGGAGUCCGCCCAGGUCGAGACCCGAGGUGUCGAGGAUGCCGUACUCCGGGUGCGAGGCUCCUACAGCUGGGUUAACCCCGAGGACGGACAGGUGUACACCGUCACUUACAUCGCCGACGAAAACGGAUUCCAGCCCCAAGGCGCCCACCUACCCGUAGCUUAGUCCUAUCGUUUAAAUAUUUAGUUCCUACAUUGUUAUUUUUAAUAAUA